AUGGCAGUUUUAGUGGGGGAUAUCAGAAAAGCCAGUGCCUAUGGUCAGAUGGCUGUUGAUUUGACCCCUGGGAACAAUACAGGAAGCAUUGGGUGGCUCAAAUUCAUUGGAGCUAUAUAUGAAGAAUGUUUUGAACAGUUCAAGGAGAAGGAGGAUUUGGAGAAGGCUAUUCGCUACAGACAGGAGGUUGUCAAUAUAACCCCUGUGAAUCAUCCAGAUAGGCCUGAUAUGCUCAAUAGUCUGGGCCAGGUGCUGCUCAUGUCUUUUGAAUACUUUGACAAGCAGCAAGACCUGGAAAGGGCUAUUAUCUGCCAUCAGGAGGCAGUGGAUAUGGUGCCAGAUGAUCACCCAACCAAAGCAUUAAGGGUAAAUGCUCUUGCCAGCUCCCUUGUGAGCCGCUAUACAGGCUUUGGUAGCAUGGCAGAUUUGGAUCUUGCUAUCCAGUACUACCUCAACAUUGUAACUAUCACUCGAGAUCAGUCAGACAAGGCAAACUACCUCCAUAAGCUAGCCAAUGCAUUCCAGGAGGCAUAUGACAUCACACCUGAUGGUCAUCCAAAUAAAAUCAUAUGGCUUGCUGGUCUGGGGACAGCAUAUCAGAUGCGGCACAUUGGAUUUGGAGACAUAAAAGAUUUGAAUGAGGCUCUGAAAUGCAGCCAGCAGGUCUUGAGUAUGACACCCAAAGAUAGCUCCAUCAGAGCAUAUCGACUUGAUGCACUCGGAGCAGCAUUCUGGGCUUGUUUUGUGCAGCAAGGGGAGAUAGCUUAUUUAGAGCAGGCCAUAGAAUACUUUCAGGAAGCAGUGGAUACCACACCUCAAGAUCAUUUACGCAAGUCACUCUGGCUCUCACAUAUGGCUACAGCUCUCAUCAAGUAUACUGAGAUUCUCAGGAAUAAUGGAGACUACUAUAAUGCAGGUGCAGUGCUCACAAGGGCAUUAUCAGCUCUGGGAAGCUGUAUGGAAGCUCCUGUUGCUCCACCCAAGAUAUAUAUUGAAGCUGCAUGGCAGCUUGGCCACCUAGUGAGCCUCAUGGGACAGGAAUACUGGCAGCUUUCAUUUGAAAUAUUCACCAAAGCCAUGCAUAAGCUGCCAGAAGCAGUAUGGAUUGGGCUUGGAAUUCAAGACCAAUAUUUCAAUAUCCAGAAACUAGGUUCUCUUGGGCAUUCUGCUGCAAAUGCUGCUCUCAGGAUUGAUCACCAUGACACAGCACUGGAAUGGCUGGAGCAAGGAAGGUCACUGGUUUGGAACCAUAUGUUGCAACUACAGACCCCACUUGAUGCAUUGAAUAAAGCUCAUCCAGCCCUUGCCACAAGGCUUGCAGAAAUAGCUGGAAUUCUAUAUGCAUCAAAAACUGACCAUGGUCAUAGCAGUGUGCUUGGAGAAUCAAAUCAUUAUCAUAACACUGCUCUGGAGUGGGAAAGAGUAGUAAAAGAAAUCAGGGAGACUCCAGGAUUUGAGUCCUUCCUCCUGCCUAAGAACAUCAAAGAGUUGUAUGCUGUAAGCUACUCUGGUCCUAUUGUCACAAUUAGUAUCAGUUCAAGUGGAUGUGAUGCACUCAUAUUGGUACCAGCAAAGCAGCACGUGCACCAUGUGGCAUUACCUGAUAUCUCAUACCAUGAGAUAAUGGAACUUCAGCAUAGGCUUCAUGCAAUUUUACCAUCUCCAGCCUGGAAGGCUCAACUCAAGGACACAUUUUGUGGGCAUGAUCCCAGUUGUACCUGCAGCUGUCACAAGAAAGGGGGGCACCAUGUUGUCAACUACAAGUGUGGAAUUGUGUCCUCUGAUCUUCUGCGCCACUUUGGUAGAGGAAACAAGAAGCAGACUCCUCUGGAUAUUGAAAAGGAAAUGGAGUUAAUUCUGUCUACUCUCUGGUAUCAAGUGGUGCAGCCAAUUCUCAAAGAUCUUUCUAUCCAGCCAGGAUCAUCAGAGCCCCUUCCUCACAUCAUUUGGUGCCUGACAGGUCCAUUGAUGUUCCUCCCUAUACAUGCUACUGGUGAUUAUACCAGAAGUGAGCCAGGUCACAAACUCUCUGACUACUGUGUAUCAUCCUACACCCCUAAUAUUGGUGUACUGCUUCCGGAUGGUGGAGGAAACAGUGAUGAAUUCCACAUGCUCGCUGUUGGCAUGUCCAAUGCCCCAGUCAAGGAAGAGCUGGAGAACAUUAAGGGCCUGGCAGGAACUCUGGAUGUCAAGAUCUUACAAGACAAAGAUGCAAGCUUGUCAGAGGUCAUAAGUAUUGUCAGCAAGUCUAACUGGGUCCACUUUGCCUGCCAUGGGCUGCAAGACCCUCAAGACCCUCUUUCCAGUGCAUUGGUCUUGACUGGUGCCAAACAUCUCAGGCUUUCAGAUAUCAUUGAUUCCAAAUUUUCUGGGACAUCCAGGGGACUGGCUUUUCUCUCUGCUUGCCAGACUGCCACAGGGAGUACAGAGCUGGCAGAUGAGUCAGUUCAUCUGGCAGCAGGUAUGAUGUUUGCAGGGUACAAAUCAGUCAUUGCCACAAUGUGGAAUAUCCAGGACCAAUAUGCACCUGAAGUCACAGCUCAAGUCUACAAGGAACUAUUCAAGUCCAAGAAGCCAGACCACAAACAAUCUGCCUAUGCUUUGCAUAAGGCUGUUGAGUACUUGAGAAAGAACCAUCCCACCAUCUCAUACUUGUCCUGGGUGCCUUAUAUACAUAUGGGUCAUUGA